AUCCCGCUGUUAGGUGAGUCAAUUAAAGGCACAGUACUCAGUGUAUUGGCUGAUAACCUAGGAUCACACAGUGUUGCAGGAUUUAUGCAGAGUUUUUCUGUGGAAUACUUCUGCAGAUUUUGUACAGGAAAAAGAAGUGAUAUUCAGGUACAUUCUGUUGCUUUCACUUUGAGAACUAAAGAGCAUCAUCAGACCCAUGUCAAACAAGCGCAAGAUUUAGGAACAAAUUGUUUUGGAGUGAAAAAGGAAUGUGUCUUCACAAAAAAUUUCUCAUUUUCAUGUCAUCUUUGGCUAUCCACCUGAUCUUCUCCAUGAUGUUUUUGAGGGUGUAAUCCCAGUAGAGCUAGCUCAUUGCUUGACUGUGCUUAUAUCCAAAAAGUAUUUUACAUUAGUUGAUCUGAACAAUGCCAUUCUUAAGUUUCCCUACAAAUGGACUGACAAGACGAACAAACCCCAUGUAGUGUCCCGAAGUUUUUCCAGCACAAAAACAGUGGGAGGAAAUGCUCAUGAAAACUGGAGCCUGCUCAGGUUCUUGCCUUUUCUGGUUGGGCCACUUGUACCUGAAGAUGAGCCUGCGUGGCUUGUUCUCAUGGAUCUGAAGGACAUAACAGAGCUUGUUGUUGCCCCUGUACAUAGUGAUGACUCGCUGGCCUUUUUAGAAAGUAAAAUCAUAGAGCACAGACAGAGAUUCAAAGAGUUGUUCCCUGACAUCAAGCUGCUAACCAAAACACCAUUAUUUGGAACACUACCCCCAGAUGAUUAGGCUGUUUGGUCCAGUUGUUGGGCAGUGGACGAUGCGCUUUGAGGCUAAGCAUAGCUUCUUUAAGCAAGUUAUCAGACACACAGGGUGCUUCAAGAAUGUCCCCCUCUCACUGGCCUCAAAGAAUCAGAUGAUGUUUGCUUACCAUCUGAGCUCUCCAUGUCUGAGAAGUCUGACCUAGAGGUCUCAGCUGUACCGACUCUGCCAGUAGACUUACUCAAAGAAGAGAUAGCGCAGGUCAUCAAGCAACAGGUCUCUCACACAACAGAGGUUCACCUUGACAGUGUGUAAAAGUCAAGGGCAUAACCUAUAGGAAGGGAAUGAUACUGGUCCACAAGUCUGUAGGUGGAUUGCCUGAAUUUAGUGAAAUUGACCAAAUCUGUAUUUUACAAGAGAAUGUAUUCUACAUUGUCAAAGAGCUCUGUGGUUGGCACAGAGAGCACUAUAGAGCCUUUGAACUCAGCACAGCACCCACAAGAAGAUUCACUCUUGUGACAGUCAGUGAACUUCUUGAUACUUAUCCACUAGCUGACUACAGGAUUGGAGCUACUCGCAUGGUGACUUUGAAAAGGCAUAUUGAAAUACAAGGUGGGCUAGCACCUGGGAACGGUCUUGUCUACAUUGUUAAAAGGGAAAUUCAACCUGCACCAUAUUUGCAGAUGCUUUUCUAGAUAAGUAAUUGAAAAGUAGGCUUUAACCUCUGAAAUUUAAAUGUGAAACAAUGGAUAUCUGAUUUAUAAUCUUUUUGUAUUUUAUGUGUUUGAGCAGAGUAAACAGCAGUGAAGAUGGGUACACCUAUGAUCCUUAAAAUCAUCCUGACCGAUGGCAGCUCUCAGAGGUUGACACUUUCUCAUGGACUACCUGCAUCUAUUGAUGACCUCAUGGUUGAAGUAAAGAAACAGUGCGGACUUCAAGGCAAUUUUAAACUUCAGUUUAUGGAUUCCUUGUUUGGAAAUGAUUUCCUUAACCUUACUUCAAUUUCAGAAGUCCAAGAUAAAGGCACACUUAAAAUAAUUGAUAUGUCAAGACCCAUCUCUAUGGAGCAUGAUGAGAGGCCAUCUGAUCAUAGUCAAGUACAGUCACAACCAUUCAGCAUUUCCUCUGCAAGUGACCAUUCGCAGUGCAGCUUUUGGAGUCAAAAAGGCAAAGCGAGCAGAGGUUAACUUUUGCCCAACAUACCCAUCAACAGAAACUGAGGAGAGUCUGGAGGCCAUGCAGAAAAGUCUACUUCUAGAUGUAAAGAAGAGGAGCAACAAAGAGGUUGUGAAACUCAAGAUGGAAAGGACUUUCGCACACAGAAGACAUGAAGUUGUUCGUGAUGCACCAAUGGUGGAGGAUUUCAUGGCAAGGUGGCCUGCUCUGUUUGAAGUCAAUGAGAUCAAGAGAAUUCAAGAGAAUCACCACUGUCCCACUUCAAUCCAAGUUGCUGUCUCAGCUGGACCUUUACUCUGACAAACUGAUGAGAUUGUUCAAAAAGAGAGGAGGACAGCUAGGGGAAAGACUCAAAAGAAUCAAUGCUCAAUUGGCUGAUUGUAAUGAUGUAGAUGCUGGACGAACAUGUAUCAUUAAAGGACUCUGUAUCUACAUGAGUGAAGACCCAGAAAACCUGAUACAGGAAUAUGUGGGCAUGGAUGAAGAUGCCAUCAAGGAGGCCAUUGAAGACACCACUGUUGGAAUUUAUGUUCUCAAAGAAUAUGCUUCAAAUGAUGAACCAAAUGACAUUGGAAUUGUACUUGAAGGCAUCAAGGUGUUGCAGUGUCUGGAUAAUGCAGCAUUAGCUGUGGCUAUGCUGUUCGGACUGAUGUAUGCUCUAAAUCUCAGCUACCCUGCCAAACUUCGCUACACCUUUGAGGUUGUCCAAAAGAUUUUUAUGGAACUGGAUGGACAUAAACUUUCUAACAAAGCACAAACUCUGAAAAACAGACUAGUUCAAUGAAAGAGUUACAGAGUCUGAACUUUAACACAACUAGAUGGACAUUUCAUAAACACUUUAAUUGUUCUUAAAGGCAUUGCUAUAUUAUUUGCACUUUUUUGUGAAUCCACUGUAAGUUUACAAUGUUUUCUUUUAUGAAGCCAUUACUGUAUGUUAACAGGUUUGUAACAUUUUUGGUUUGCUAAGUCAGUAAAACAGUUUUUGUAUUUGCUAUAUUGAAUAAUCUUGACAGCAGCCCAUUCAGGGUUAUUCCUUAGCAAAGUUUGUUUACACAGGGUUGUCUUUUUAAACCCAUUUGAAAUGCUUCAAGCACUGUGAAAUUAGGUAAGAGUUCUAAUGUAACCUUUAUAACAAUGCCCCUUUUGCCUUAUUCACUUGUUUGUGAUGCCAUGUUUGGUUUAUUUCAGUGAAAUAAUUUUUCUUCAGAAUUCACUUUGUAACACUUCACACUUGCAUUUUGCAUUUGCACACACACAAACCAUGGAGUUUUCAAAUAAGCCUGAAGGACUUGAUUUACUGGAUCAGGUGUGUUUAAUUAGGGUUGAAGCUAAACUCUGCAGGGCUGUGGCCCUCCAGAAACUGAGUUUGACACCCCUGUUUCAGAGUUUCUCAUUAGGACUAUUUUUAAGUGCUAAAGACAGAAAAGAAGCCGGUAACUUGUUUAUAUAUAGUUUAAAGAGCUGGGAUAUAUUCACAAAAGCAUCUAAGAAUGAAUUAGCUGAUGCAAAGUGCCUUCUGAAUAUAACAAAAGGAAAUGGCAAUGUCAAUGAGAGCUUGCUGAUCAUUUUGUUGGAGUACUAACAGAAACGCAAGGGUGACAAUCAGAAGCAGUAUCACCACCUGACGCUGUUCAUUAGAGCUCUGCUGUGAUUGGGGGAUGGCAGAGGAGAGAGAGGAUUUACACUCCAGCUGCCCACAGAGCAGUGGUGCUGGUGGCUAGAUGGUGUGCAGCAGCUGAGGUCUCCUCUUCACCUCCAGACCUGUUGUUGUGAAACUUUAGUUUGGUGAUUUGGUGCAUCUUUAUCUCAGUUGUGUUGAGACCAGUGAAGUAGAACUUCUGCCCUUUUGUCUCAUUGUUUACAUCUAUGAUUGAGACUUCCUAGAGAGAAGUGAGUGUUAAUUUAAGUAGCCUAAUGCAAAUAUUGAACUUUAUUAUUUAAUGUCUUUUGGUUGGGUUUAGUAGGAAGGUGGGUGCCGUUUUGUUUUGUAUUGCUGCUUUUCUCCUGUUUGUGUUAGUUUAGGGAGUUAGUUUAGCUUGCUGUAUUUUGUUUUCUUUUUUUUGUAGCUUAGCUAGUUGAUUAUAAAAGAGUUAGUUUUGUUAUGUUUGUUAUUUUGGCCUUGCCCCCUUCUGAAAUUGAUAGUCUUUUGUUAUUGCUUUUUGUUUUCUGAAUGAUGUGAAUAAAAACUUGUCUUGUGCUGCAUUUUGACCGUGGUUGUUUGGGUUAUUGUAACCAUUCUGGGCUUGGAGACGGGGUUCUCUCUGCCGUUGCACAGUCACUACCACCAACCAUUUAUUUCUGUUAGGAUCUUUUCCCUAGACUAACUCAGACCGUAUCAAUGAAAACAUGGCUAGUGUGUUAGAGACAGGACACUGAUUGCCAAUCAUUUUUGUAACUGAG